AUGCUACUUGUAUCGCAAAUUACUAUAAGUGAGCAAAAUGGUGAGCAACCCGAAGUAAUUAACCGCGCGGUCGACGGUGAAGAAAUCAUCUUUGUCCUUGAAAAAAUUGAUCCGGCUAGCAGCAGCAGCGAGGUCACUAACGGGAGAGACGUUGAGAUGCUGGAUAUCAGCAGUGACACCAACAUGGAUGUGGACGAAGACAAUGGGAAGGAGGCGGACGGACCGAUGGCACACCCGAGGUCGUACCUCGGGUGCUUCAAUAGCUCCGGCUAUUACGAUCGAGCGGUGUCGCCGCUACCCGACGAGGUCAUGGAGACGGACGAAGAGCCGGAAGGAGACGGAAGCCCGGCCGAGGAAGAAGGCGAUGGAAUUAUUACCGAAGACGAAGGUAUAAAUGAGCAGUCCGAAGAGGACACUGUUGACGACGAAGCCUCCGUCGAAGAACAUUCAGAAGGAGCCGCUGGCUACGAGAAAUACGUAAAAAAUUUGAAAAAAUUGCAUAAUGAUAAAAAGCUAAAAAUCUUUAUUGGAUCUUGGAAUAUGAAUGGUCGGAAUUCAAUUAAAGAUUUAUGUAGUGCUUUUACUACCCAAUUGAGUCAUAAUCCAGAUAUUAUUGUGCUGAGUUCCCAAGAAACAAAGUAUUGUAAAAAUCAAGAGUAUUUAGAAUCAUUGCAAGCCAUGAUUUUUUUGAAAAAAGAGCUGAUUGGAUUUGCAUCUAUUAUAGAAGUUCAUUGUUGUUUAUUAAACAAGUUGAAGUUCUUCAAAACCAAAGGAGCAAUAUCCCUUGCUUUAAUGAUUUUUCAUACCAGUUUUUUAUUCAUAACGUCGCAUCUUUCUGCGCAUGAGAAAAAUAUUAAAACUAGAGUAUCUGAACUUGAACAUAUUUUUAAAAAUUUAGAAUUUUCUCGAUCUCUACCACUUAAACAAUCUUUCAAAGAUAAAGUUCAACAAUUUGAUUACAUUUUUUUGUUUGGUGAUUUAAAUUUUCGUACAGAAGAACCUGUUGAGAUGGUUUGUCAUCGAAUAAUGAGAACUCAUUUCAAUACAUAUGAAAAACUUGAUUUAAAAACAGAUCAACUUUUGAUUCUGAUGGAUACAAAUGAGAACUUGAAAGAUUAUGAAGAAGCUCCAGUCACUUUCCCACCAACUUAUAAAUUUCAUCUAAAAUCUCCAAAAAAUAAUUUGCUUCAUAAUGAUCGAGCCCCAUCUUACACUGAUAGAAUAUUAUUCAAAUCUAAAAAAUUGCAUUUGACAUUCGAUGGAAACUUGAGCAAUAGUACAUGUAAUCUAGCUAAAUGCUACUUAUAUGAUUCAAUUAGGAAAAUUUCGUCAUCUGAUCAUAAACCAAUAUUUUCUAUUUACGAAGCAAAUUUAAAAUCUAUUACAUACUAA